AUGCUCUACUCGGAGGACAUCGCCUGGACCACCAAGGGCAUGGGGGAACCAUCCCAAAGCGGUGCCCAGGGGGGGCGAGGGGAGGCGCAGAAGGAGCCGGAGCAAUGUCCCAUCAUCGACAGCCAGGGCUUGGGGCUGGGGACCGAGGGGGACCUGCAGGCCAGCCUGCACCUGGAGGAGCACUCGCUGGAGCAGGUACAGAGCAUGGUGGUGGGAGAAGUGCUGAAGGACAUCGAGACGGCCUGCAAGCUCCUCAACAUCACCUCAGACCCCGCGGACUGGAGCCCCGGCAACGUGCAGAAGUGGAUCCUGUGGACAGAGCACCAGUACCCUGGCCACGACCCGGGAGAGCUGUCGGGAAAGGACCUGUGCGCCAUGUCCGAGGAGCAGUUCUGCCAGCGCUCGCCCGCCUGCGGCGACAUCCUGCAUGCCCACCUCGACAUCUGGAAGUCUGCUGCCUGGAUGAAGGAAAAAGCCGCUCCGGGAGAUGUGAGAUUCUGCGGAGGUGAUGCCGGCUGGGCGGACAGCGAGGUGGAUUCAUCCUGCGCCGGCCAACCCAUCCACCUCUGGCAGUUCCUCAAAGAGCUGCUGCUGAAGCCCCACAACUACGGCCGCUUCAUCCGCUGGCUCAACAAGGAGAAAGGCAUCUUCAAGAUCGAGGACUCGGCGCAAGUCGCCCGUCUGUGGGGCAUCCGGAAGAACCGCCCGGCCAUGAACUACGACAAGCUGAGCCGCUCCAUCCGGCAGUAUUACAAGAAAGGCAUCAUCCGGAAACCUGACAUCUCCCAGCGUCUCGUCUACCAGUUUGUCCACCCACCGGGGCCACCGGUCAUGGACCAUGGGACCCCUCUGGCCCCCCAGCCUCAGAGGGGAGGGAUGAGCCCCCAGCUAAGGGACCACCACCAAUGUGCCCAGGGGUUGAAGGUGGGAGAGUGA